UAGUUGCACCAAUUUCUCAAAGUCUUGGCCUACCUCUGCUACCUGACACUACCACAGAAAAGCGGUCUUUUUGCUCUGAGCAAAGUCAUGGUAGCUCUCAACAUUCCUUCGACAAAGGUUGCAAAAUUUUUGCUGAUAUUUGGCUAGCAAUAACACAUGUCGAAGUAAAUGCAGUAAUGAGAGUGAAAAGAGCAAUCUUAUAUCAGCCAAACUGUCAGAGGAUGACAGGUUUUAUGAGAGAGCUGUAUAUAACACUCUCUGUGUGGUGAAGUGCAAGAAGAGCGUGCUUGGAUCACGCAUGGAUCGAUUAGUUGAGGGUAUGAUCAAUGAGGAUUUUGACAGGAGGAAGCCAUACGAUUAUCUUCAACUUUGCUACUUUAAAAUGGAUAUGUUUAAGAAGGCAGCAGAUGCAGCAGCCACAGUGUUGGCAGUGCAGCCAGAGCAUGAAGUAAUGAAGAGUAACCUGAAAUAUUACCUCGCUGAAGGUCCUGUCAAUGCUGAGGAAGUUGUUAAUUUGGAGCUUCAGGAGUAUGGUAAAGAAUACAUUUUGGGUAAUGUAGCAUAUAAUAAUGAGGACUAUAAGGCAACAAUUACUCACAUGGAAAAGAGUCUGUCUUUGUUUUAUGAAGCUUAUUCUGCUUGUCGUCAUUUGUGCGAAAACCCAUUUGAUCAAGGCUGGUUCCCAGACUUCAUUUCUUCACUUGCAAACCACUACACUUUCACUCUCCGCUGUAAGAGAAGAUGCACCUGGCAGCUCAGCAAUCUCUUUGGGGAAAUUAAGGAUGACUUCUUUUACUCAUAUUUUAAUUAUUUGCAGUAUUCUUACUACCAGGAGGGUGACACAAAGGCAGCGUGUGAAGCUGUAGCAUCCGCUCUCUUCAUCAACCCAGUAGAUGAAGUACAGCUGCGCAAUAAACAAUUCUUCAUUAGAGAUGAGGGUGCAUCUGAGGAUUAUUUUGUCCCUAGAAAGGAUGUUGUGGCCUUUAUUGAGAGGGAGGACUUUGAAGAGAGGUUAAUGGAAUUCAUCGAAACUAAUUUCCUCUUUCUGAAGGAUGAUGAAUUUGAAGAUGAUGAUGAUAUUGAUGCUAAGCUUCCACUUGGUAUACGAAAAAGCAAAAAAAUAAAAUCUUUGGAGCAUCGUAUAUCGGAGAAUGCCAAGGCUGCACGUAAACGAGCUGUGGAUCAGUUCAAAACUGUGUCACAGAUGGGGAUUCGUGUCAUUAUGACGGAGCGUGAACUGGGAGGACCUAAGAGGAUGGUUGCAGACGGCUUUGCAUCAGUUUUGGAAUGUAUGGUGUUAACUGAACUAACUAAGCUGGCAGCGGUGGAGGGAGAUGGUUACAAACACAGUUCAUCCCCACACACACCAGCUGAGAACUUUCAUGGUGUCACACUGGCGAGGGCAGGUUUGAUGGUACAUGCCAAUCUGAUUUCAAAGGAAGCUCUGGAGUUAAUUCUGAAGGUAACGGAGCGGUGUCGUGACUACCUGGAACGAUAUUUCAAUCUCAUCGACCCAUUAUACUUCGCCUUUACACACUUAGUUUGUCGCACUGCUAAACCAGAGAUGUCUGUAAACAGAUCGGCAUCUGACCUCAGCCAUGAAGUUCAUGUGGACAACUGUCUGUUACAAGAUUCUGGAGAAUGUCUUAGAGUCCCACCAGCUUAUACAUACAGGGAUUAUAGUGCUUUGUUGUACCUGAACGACGAAUUCCAAGGAGGCGACUUUAUUUUCACACACGAUAGAUCAGGCUUGUCACACCAGGCUGCGGUGCAUCCAAAGUGUGGAAGGAUGGUAGGCUUCUCUUCUGGUCCAGAGAAUCCUCAUGGUGUUUUACCUGUUCUUGAUGGCAGCAGAUGUGCACUUGGCAUGUGGUUUACCCACGAUGAAACCUUCAAAGAGUACGAACGUACAUUAGCUGAGAAACUACUGAAUAAACUAAAUAUUGAUACAUAAUUUGAUAUCGUCGAAGUUAGUUGAUAUCAAAAUGUACUUAAUGACUACAGUAUAAAUGACCAGUUUAUGGUGUUGGUGAAUA